AUCACCAGGCUCGGGAAAAAAAAGGCUCGACGAUUCGGACGGACGAGGAGCUUCGCGGCGCGGCGGAGCGGCUCCCCAUCCAGGUGAAAUAAAGCGCACGGUGGGCGCCGGGCACUGAUUUUGUGUGGGGUGUGUUGGGUGUGUGUGGGGGGUGGACUCGCUUCUGGGUCGCACGCGGCAUAGCCGCGAGGCCGCUGAGCUGCUGGAACGCGCGGGUAUCAUGAUACGCAUACGGGGCGAGUCGAGUGUGCGCGAGAAAACAUGGCGCGGAUGCGGCGGAGAGACUCCGGCCCCCCAUUCAGCGCCGUGUGACCGGCCGGCUGCUCGACUGCGUCACGGCGCCGCCGCUCGGACCCCCGCAGCCCGAGAGCCGAAGCGACAGGCGCGCGCGCGCCCACGCAGACGCACAUCGAGUUGGGGCUUUUGUCACCCGGCGACGCCGAAUGAAUCCCGCCGUCCAAGCAGCUGUUCGCUCCGGCGUAGACGCGUAACUAAAAGUGAGCGGCCGGCGGGGAACGAAGGAGCGGCGCCCGUUUGCGUAGCUCGGGCUUUCGGCUGAGGCGGCCAGCGGUGCGAAUGUGCUUUAAUUUACACAAACAUGAGAUCGUGUCAAAUUCGCUGGUGUCCCUCACUCGUUUGGGCUCUUGACGCAGUCGACCCUGCGCUUCCCAUGAUGCACCGCGAAGCGCGGCAGCCAUGCUGCUUGUGGCUAGGUAGCUCGUUAGCCUGCUAGCCUGUUAGCAUGUUAGCUAGCUGCUAGGCCCGUGUUCGGAGUCUGGUGGUGGAAAAGAGCGCCUUGGGGGCGGGGAGCAAGACGAUCGCGGUGAUUUCUGCCGCUGCUCUGCGUGAAGAGAGCUGUGUAAGUGUGUCUCUCUGUGUGUGGGGCUGCAAGUCACGCAGGCGAGAGCAGAGUAGCAGCAGUGCCAGGAGUCAGAGAGUAGUGUAGUAAUAGGCACGGUGGUGCAGCGGGAGGCUGUGAUCCCUCUCCUCCCGGGCCCUGCGAUCAAGUGUAGCUUCCGGUUCCGCUCAUCUCUGUCCGGCUCCAGUUUGCACGUUGCACCUGGGCUGGGUUUCCUCCUGGCGCUCUGGUUUCCUCCCACUGUCCAAGGACAUGUUUCAGGCCACUUUGUGAGUUUUAAAUUGCCCCUUGUGUGUGUGUGAGAGAACGAGAGAGAGAUUGUCCUGUGACGGACUGGCCGGGCUGCACCCUGCUUCGCACCCUGUUCUUCGGGGAUAGGCUCCAGACCCCCAUUACCCUGCACUGACCGAGCUGUUAUCCACAGUGGAUAAAUGAUGGAGCAGCUUGGAUUGUAUAAAAAUGUGUCUUAACGCAAUGAUACAUUUGUGUGUAAUAUCUGCUGAUAAAGUGGCCUGUUAAUUAUUAGAACAAAGAUGUUAUUUGUAACUCAAAUUUCAUAACCAAUAGGCCGGAAGAAGAGGGUUACGGGUAGGGCUGCUCCGGUAGAUGCGGUUAUACGUUUUUGGUAUGAUUUUGACAUGUUUAUGCGGCAACAUAUUUUCAGUGGUCAAAAGACCUGUUCCACACACGACCUGUCGAUUAGCCCAGCGUACAAUGGAGGUGUGUCUUAUUCGUGCCAAUAAAAUUCCUGUUUUUAACCGUUGCAUCUUAUUAACUUAUGGAAAAAUACACCAAGCAGGACAGUGACAGGAAGUGCGUUGCUACCCGUUUUCUCACACCAGUGUAAUGAUAGCACCGCCUCCCCCAUCCCCUGCUUCUGUGCUACAUACUGCCGUUUAUUCCCUGCCGAAACUGCUCUGUGCACAAAGGAAUGGCCCGGAACUGAUGCCGAAGGCGCUGGUGAUGGCAGAAGGGAUUGGCGUUGGCGAGAUGCCCUCCUUCCAGCUGGUUCCAGGUGCUGAAGCAAAAAAGAGGCCAAGUUCAUCCGAUGGCAGGGAAGAGCCGAUGAGGAAGAUGCCUUUGUCAAAGUUUGGUCCCAGACCCCGUUUCGAACCUGUGCAGUUUGUGAGCGGGGGUGGGGGACCCGGAGGCGGUACGGACGAGAAGGAGAACGAGAAGUAUCGCAGGAGGGGUGAGGCGAACAGCCCCAGGCAUAGGGAUGGGGAGAACCACCACUUUCACCACGGUGGAAGAUCGUAUGGGGCACCUGCUCCAUACCCUUCCUUUUGCAGGGCCGUAUCCUACGGGUCCAAUGCCUGGUCGGAUCACGCGGAGAGGGACAUGGGUGCCAGCAGCACCAACGGCCUGGGUUUCGGGGGCAGGGGCUGCGCCUCGAAUUUCAUGACAAAGAUGCAACAGGACUAUUCGGCCAGAUUCGAGGCGUACGGUGCCAGGCAGCAGUCAGGGUACCACUCUCAGGCGCCCAGGUUUGACGAGUACCGAGGGGGAGCCCGUUCGGGGGGCUGGGAUUCUAGGCGCCACGGUCUGGCCUUCGGGUACCAAGACAGGCCCUCCUCCAGCAAGGCCUUUUCCAGAGUCUAUGGGAGCAUCUCCGCCCAGCCCUGCUCUGGGAGUCCUGCGCCCAUCUCCCCCUCAACACUGGAGGAAAAGCAGAGGCUCAUCGCCAGGGUCUCCGCCGCUAUGGCAACCACUCUGAGAGACCCCACAUCACUGAGUGGUGCGGAGACCACCAAUUACAACUUCAUCCUCAGCCGAAGCAUCCAGGCCUGCAAGACCAAUCCGGAAUACAUUUACGUGAACCUGAAGGACAUCCCUCCGGCGGAUCUGCCUAAGAACCGAAAGGUUCCCUCGGACGGCUAUGCCUGCGAGCUGAGGUGUCAGUGCGUCUAUCUUGCCACCGGCUACUCGGGCAGCAAGAACGGGGCGAGGGACAGAGCAUCAGAGCAGGCUGUCAAGCUCUUCCAGAAGCCAGUGGAGGUGCGGGUGGUUCAGCGGAGGUACAGGCACAUGUUGGUGAACGAUAUGGUGGUGUGCCAGAUCCAUGCGCCGACUCCCUCCUUUCUGCCGGCGCUCCGCAACCCGGAAGACAAGCCGCCGCCGAGCUCCAAGGGCCAGUACGAGUACGACAAGCGCAAGCACUGGACGGAGUUCGUCAUCGUGGACAACGCGCACGACGCCAUCUGCAUCCUCAACAACUCGGCCGCCUUCAAUCGCAUGAAGAUCGACUACAAGUUUGACCUCAUUCCCAACAGCAGCAUGUGGAGAUGCAGCGUCUACCUGCAGGAUGAGCUGGUGGCGCAGGCCAACGGGAACAAGAAGACCUCCAAGCACGCGGCGGCGGAGGAGGCCCUGCGGAAGCUGCGCCUGAACCAGGAAGCCAAGCAGCAGCAGCAGCAGCAGCAGCAGCUGCAGUUCUCCAAAGGGAACCCCUACAACGGGGGGCGCUACGGGUGCCGAAAAAAGAACCUGAGCGAGCUCGUCAUCCUGGAGAACUCGGACAAUGCCAUCUGCAUUAUAAACGACACCGCUCAGUUCAACAAGGUGACCGCCGACUACAAAUUCACCGUGCUGCCAGACCACCGCUGGAAGUGCGACGUGUACCUGGAGGGCCAGUACGUGGCGUCCGGCAUCGGGCCGAAGAAGACGGUGAAGCACAUCGCAGCCGAAGAAGCCCUGGCCACCCUGAGGAGGACGCAGGCUGUGGUUAAGUCCAACCUGAGAAAGGAAGGCAACGCGGAUGCGAUCUCCCGCAGCCAGAUCCUCGCUCGUGUCGUGGAGGACCCUACGCGGCAGGAGAUCAAGGAGGACAACAUCGGGAACCAGCUGCUGCGCAAAAUGGGCUGGAAAGGCGGCGGACUGGGCCGCGAAGGCGACGGCAUCGCCGAGCCCAUCCAGGUCAAGGAGCAGUUUUCCAGGGAAGGUCUGGGACUGGAUAAGGACAGGCCAGCUAACCAGCUCAGCAAGAGGGACAUCGAGGACAUCAUCCGUGAGUACGCCAGCUCAGACCGCCAGGAUGACCUGCGCUUCUCCACCGAGCUGAACAACGACGAGCGCAAGCAGAUCCACCAGGUGUCGCAGAAGUACGGCCUCCGCAGCAAGUCCUACGGCCAGGGCCGGCAGCGCUUCCUCAUCGUGAGCCGAAAGGUGCACAAGGAGCAGCUCAUCGGGCAGCUCUUGCAGGAGGGGCAGGUCGGCCGCUACGAACUGGUCAAACCUCAGGCCUCGCACUGACCGAAGGCCCGGAGGCGCCGGCGAACCGGCGGUGCGUGGCAGCGUAGCUCUUGACAGUAUUUUUCUGCUUCAGACAAAUGUUAGACAUAUUUUGAAAGUGUAUUUACUUUUGGGAACCUAUUGCUUCUGUAUUCCUCAUCCUGCGAGCGUGAAGAAUACGUGAAAGAGGCCGUCAGAGGAAAAUUUGUAUUUAUUUUUGUAUGGGGUUUCUUCCCGUCCCUCCAUCUUCUUGUCAUUCCAGAAUUCAUGUAGAUGGAUCUGCUGUAGCUGCUGCUCCCACCCCACCCCGUUCACCUGUUCUAAGCAGAACGUCACCCUGUACAGUCCUGUCUCUCACGAGCUACCUGCCAUCAGACUGUGUGUCAAGUUCUGGAUGGGGAAGUCAUAUUCUACAAGGGAGCCAUUUUUAAUACUCAUUGACAACAUUUCACCUCUAGGAGUGCUACAAAGUUUUGGUUGGGCAGAUUAGUUGCAGCACGUUGGCCAUUUUGCAGAAUCCUUUUUCGGCUGCUGCUGUGAAGGAUGGAGUCGCCGCUCUUUGUCAUUUGCCAUUGACACCCUCCACGGGGAUUGCAGAGGCUGAGAGCGCCACAAAGGAUGGUAUGAACCUUAAGAGGGUGGAAAAUCAUCUAAAGGGAUGCACUUGGCUCCAUCCGAAAGUCUGCUCUUAAUUCUAGGGGCACCUCGGUUUCCUUUGCAAUUUCCUGUAGAAGUGGAAUAGUCACGUUCUCAAGUGUCAGCUUCUUCUGUGAGUAGGUGGUUUGGAUUUUCUUGAGCAAGUGCAGACCUUUAAUUUUGGCCAGCUGCAGUAUCACCAUGUCAUGUAUUUUUGGUUGAAGUGAAUACAGAUGAGUUGUCUGUUUUGCAGCUGUAUUAAUUAUAACAAAUAAACUGACCAGAAUAGACUA